CUCCUGGGUUCAAGCAGUACUUCUACCUCUUCCUCCCAAAAUAGUGGGAUUAAGGCGUGAGCCACCCCGCCCAGCCUGAAUGGUGUUUUAAAUGCUGAUGAAACAGAUGUUCUUGUUACCUUAUCAUAUGCUUCAUGCCAAAGGUAGACUUUGCAAAGGAAAUAAACAGAUUGAUGAUUGGUGUAUUCUACUGUAAUGCAUUCUGGAACAAUUGUCUUUGGCAAGUCAGCUAACUAUCAGUACUUCAGAAAUGUUCCCCCCGUGAUUACCAAGCCAAUACACAUGCCUGAAUAAUGAGAAAUGUGUUACUGAAUGACUGAUAAAGAUUGACAAGGGAAUGCAAGGAGCAAUCCACAGUAUCCUCUUGCUGAUAGACAAUUGCUCUGCCCACAACAUACUCCCACACUUGGAUCAUGUAGGAGUUGAGCUUUUCCCAUUGAACUACACAGCCAUUCUGCAGCCAUUGGAUCAGGGUGUAAUUGGCACAGAGAAAGCUCACUUCUGAAAGCAGUUUCUAAAUGUAGAGAAUGAAGAGAAAAUGGAGAAAAGCAACAUGAAUAAGCCAUUGACAUGAUUGCAGAGACUUGGUGGUCUAUAAACUUAUCUGUAGUCAUGAAAUGUUAGCAAAACACAGGCAUGAUUCCUGUGGGAUCCCCUGAGGUCCUCCUGUAAGAAGGCUGCAACCAAAUGUGGUGUUUGAACCAAUCUAGCACUCAACUACUACUGUCAUUGAUGUCUCAAACCAGUUUGAUUUUGAAGACUGUGUGGCUACAGAUAGCAGUUUAUUUCCCAAGUUACCAAAUCCUGAAGUUGCUACAGGAGUGCUAACUGAUGUAAAAAUUGAACCAGAAAGUCGGUGAUAAUGAUGAAGAAGGCAACAAUGAUAAUCAUGACGUGCAUGAGGAAUAAGUGAUUGAACUGGCAAGAGUGAACAUUUCUGAAGCCUUUGCAAGUGUAGAAAGUGCUUAGAACAUUCCUUUCUCUUCAAGCAGAUGUUCCUCUUGAGAUAAUAACUCAUCAUUGAUGAAGAUGUCUUCAGCACCUGAGCCUCCAGCAUUCAAAAAGGAACCACCCAAAGAGAAAGACUUUCAAAGCCCGGGGCUCAGAGGGGUGCGCACAACAACCUUAUUUCGUGCUGUGAAUCCAGAGCUCUUCAUUAAACCUAACAAACCUGUAAUGGCUUUCGGAUUGGUAACUCUUUCACUUUGCGUGGCAUAUAUUGGUUAUCUGCAUGCAACACAAGAGAAUAAAAAGGACCUCUAUGAAGCUAUUGAUAGUGAGGGGCACAGUUACAUGAGGCGGAAAACAUCCAAAUGGGAUUAGUAGUGCUGGUUACUGCAGAUGGACGUUUAUUAAGCGUUCUGAAAUCUUCAACUGAAAGACCUUGUGAGUGUACAGUAUCAUAUUUCUUGUUCUAGAACAUGCUAAUGAAGACAGAAGAUAGCAGUUGCAACCAGACAACUGUCGUAAAUUUUGUCCUUUCACAGCCGUUAUCUCAUUCUUUUUCCACAGAGCGAGCUUCAUAAUAUUUUUCUUUCCUUGCCUCUUAUAAAAGUGCCAUGAGAAUGGAAGUUGUCUUUGUUAAUUAUUAAAUUCUGUAUAAUAAAAGUACCCAUGCUGUUAAAUUUGCAUGAUGUUUUAAAUAUUUUAAGAUGAAUUAUGCUGGUGCAGCUGUCGUGAAAGUUUAGUUGUGUUUUGCUACUUGCAAAGGAAAUGUUCAUGUUCUCCCUGGCAUAGAACCUAUAUUUUUAAAGAAAGAUAAAUAGAAAAUUUAAAGCCUGAAGUCAAUAUUAAAAAUAUGAGAUAUGAGAAACUGAGUUGGCUCUGAGAAGUAGUUCUUAUAGUGUCACAAAUGGUUCAUAUAUUUCAGUUUCCAUUUUAGCUAUUUUUGGGGCAGAAUUUUAUUUUAAUGGAAAAGAUCCUUCCACUCAGCUGCUAAAAUAAAGAUUAAAUAAGAAUAUCCCAGAGUAAUUGGAGUUUUUCUUUAAAAAAGAAAGUAUGUUUUACUGAGGUAUGAUGAUUUUGACUACAACUAAAUGUUAUCUAUUUUAGUUUUUGUAAAUUAAUGUUACAGUAAUGUUGUAAACAUAAGACCAAGUGUUCUAAAUAAAACUACAACUACUCAAUAGAUAAGAAAUAGAUAAGGUCUCCUUAUUGUACCAGGUUUACCUUACAUGCUUUUUUUUUCUUUGAAGUUUAUAUGCCAGCAGGCCUUUUUGUUUUUUUUCUUUUCAGAAUGUUUCUUAUUCUCUGAAGCAUCAGCAUUUUGAAGUGUCUUUUAUGGAAGUGGGGACAGAAAAGGGGGUAAAAAUGAGUGUAAACAAAGCCGAGCCCCACUGUCAGCACCGAGCAGCAGAAUGGCCUUGGUUGUCCUGGCACCUGGCCCAGGGGCCUAGGACAGAGGUCAAGGCUAGGCCCCUGUGUCUGGCCAGAUUCUGCCUUAUAGAAUUCAAAUCUUUAUCAUAAGGGUUCUGGACCUGUUUCAUUUCUAGAUAUGUACCUAAUUCUCCAAAUCAUUGUAAUUGGGCCUCAGUAGUAAAUCUCACCUCUGAAGUUUUGCUUCAGUUGCUAUUAAUAUUACCAAGUAAUAAUAACAGCACAGGCAGAGUUUAUCAUAAUGUUAUUUUUAAUUUAUCAUACUUCAUUGUCGUUUUGUAAGGUAUAUGAAUAUGUAAUUAUGUGUGAUUUGUAGGUAUUAAAGAACUUAGCUAAUUGAAUUUACAUGCAACUAAAUAAAAUCUUUACUACUGAGCCCCAAAUAUUUAUUUGCUGUGCCUCUCUGUAUAAUGUACUCUAUAUAGUUUAAAAUGCACUUCAGUGAUACAAAAUCCCUUUUAAAGACUGUCUUUUGUUUUUGGUUUCCCUGUGUAUUUUGGCUGUCAAAAAACUAGGGUUCUUCUGUUUUUAACUUAUGCAUUUAAUGACACAUUGCCAUCUUUUAGAAUUUUUUACUAUUUAACAGAAUAAGUUGAUGUUUGGUGGCAGAGGAGAUAUUAGUUGCGUGAACUGUCAAGAGAUUGCAGUGCAGGAGGGCAACAGAAACUGUACAAGGUGCAGACUUAACUCAUGUAAGAUUUGUGUGAAUCAGCCAAAGUAACUAGAGUCAGUCAAACACAAAGCUGUGAAAAGUAGUGUGAGGAAAGAAUCAUACUGAAUUUUAGGAACAAGUACCUGACUAUGAUACUUUUUACAGAAUGGCUACAAGUUGUAGGACAGUUUUUGUGUGUGCUGAUGUCAACGGCUGCCUGGCUAUGUGUUGAUGUUUUCAUCCUUUCUCUUUUGAAUGAGGGUACAACCAUCAAAAAUAAAAUACCUUUCAAAUAG